AUGGAUAUUCACCGCUGUCGAUUCGUGUCCUAUAAUCCACAGGCAAUCAACGCACUUGCGUUCUCCCACCCACCAUCUGCAGACCUCGCCGGACGUGGUGUGCCUACCCUUCGACUAGCGAUUGGCCGCGCGAACGGUGACAUUGAACUAUGGAAUCCCAUGCGUGGAGCUUGGUUUCAGGAGAGUGUGCUGCGUGGCGGAAAAGAUCGAAGCAUUGAAGGCUUAGCGUGGACGCAGGAUCCUCAAGAAGAUGGCCCAAUGAACUCCAAACUACCCGGAAAGCUGCGCCUGUUCAGCAUCGGUUAUUCUACCGCCGUUACGGAGUGGGACCUCGAACAAGGGCGUCCUCUGCGUCAUUCGAGCGGAAACUAUGGGGAGAUUUGGUGUCUGGCCGCUCAACCGCAGUGGCAGCCUACCAAGAAGGGCGCCAAUGGAAAAUUCCUUCCUCCCGCCGAGGGUGAGUAUCUUGGCCAGCAUCUGGCGGCGGGCUGCGCGGACGGAUCAAUUGUCAUUCUGUCCACAGCGGACAACGAUCUCAAGUUUCUCCGGGUGAUGCGUCCGUCGACGAAGAGAGCCCGAGUUCUCAGCGUCACUUUCCAGAAUCGAAACACGAUCGUUGCCGGCUACGCCGACAGUUCCAUCCGCCUUUUCGACAUCCGAAACGGUCAACAAUUGCGUACAAUCUCACUGGGAAAGGGUCCUUCGGGGGGUCCGAAGGAGCUGUUGGUUUGGUCGGUGAAGUGUUUGCCAGACGGCACAAUUGUCUCGGGAGACUCGGCGGGCGAGAUUCGGUUCUGGGACGCUAAGAACUACUCUCUUAUCCAGCGGAUACAGGGUCACUUGGCCGAUGUUCUUGAUGUCGCCGUGAGCGUCAAUGGUGACACGGUCGUGAGUGGUGGUGCUGACCAGAGGACCGUGGUAUAUCGCAAGAAAGACGUUGAGAAGGGCGAUAAGAAAAGCCGAUGGGCCGAGGUCAUGCACCGUCGAUACCAUACACAUGACGUGAAGACUUUCGCUGUCUACGAGACAAAGGAAAUCAGCAUUGCUGUGUCAGGAGGUCCUGAUGCCACCCCUGUUGUGCUUCCUCUGCGCGAAUUCGGCAAAGAACACCACCGAAAAUUAUCCAGUCUCCCACAAAUUCCUCAACUCUCUUCAGCACCGUCCUCGCGCCUGGUAAUGAGCUUCUGGGAUCGCGAGGUCAGUCUUUGGCGGGUCUCCCGGGGACCUGCUUCGUUGAGCGAAAACAUCGAUGGCCAAAGACAUAGACUGGUUGCCAAGGUUCUGAUACAGGGUGAAGAAAAUAUCACCUCCGCCAUGCUGUCAUCAGACGGCAAGCUUCUUGCUGUCGCCACUAUUUCUGACGUUAAGCUCUUUGCCGUUCGCAAACGCAAGGGUGACGAGAAGGGCGCUUUGCGAAUUCAAAAAGUCGACGUUCCAAAAGCUUUCUCCGAAGAUGGUGCUCGUCUGGUGGUAGUCUCUCCCGACAGCCGCUGGCUCUGUAUCGUUCGACCCAACAGUGGCAUCUCGGUGGCUCGCAUCCAGCCAGGUUCUUCGAUCUCAGAGAAGCCGGUGGUCAUGUCCCAGCUUGCUCUUCUCAAGCGCGUGAAGCGUCACUCUCGCCAUGAAAAGGCAUCUCACGGCACCCUGGGCGAAUAUGAACGCACGAUUCGAUCCUCAGUCUUUUCUGACGACAGCAAGAUGCUGGCGGUCGCUGACAUUUCCGGAUGUAUCGAUACAUGGGCUUUGGAAGACGUUACCGCAUCGAAUGGGAAGGGCUCGGUCGGCGCUAAAGUCUCUUCCAAGUCAGACCCCGACUCUUCGGAUGAGGAGGAUGAGGAAGAUGACAAUGUGGUCUUCGACAAUGAGUCAUGGCAGCCCGCGGCCUCGGAGUCUCCAAUCCCACGAAUGAAGGCUGGCAUUACCUUGCUCUCCUUUAGACCUCAACGGCCGCUUUCCAAAUCAUUGACCAAUGGCAAUGGUCACACCACUUCCGCAGCUGCAGAGGACAGGCUGAUGGUCGUCACCAGUGAACAUCAACUGAUCGAAUUUGAGGCGCGCAGUGGUAAGCUUUCCGACUGGUCUCGACGCAAUCCCAAGGCCUACCUUCCGGCAGAGUUCAGGGGGGUCAAGGAUCGGGCUAUGGGUUGCUUGUGGGAUCUUUUCGAAGGUCGCGAGCGGGUCUGGCUCUACGGGACUUCUUGGCUCUGGAUGUUCGAUAUGAAACAAGACUUCCCCUCCCCUGAAGAGUUCAAGGGUAAGGAUGAGGAGCCCUCCCAGCAGCUUGUGAAAGCCUCAAAGCGCAAACGUGAUGAUUUCGACGAGGAGGAGGAGAAAGACCGCAAGAAGCCCAACAGUGGUGCCGGUGAUAAGAUCGCCCGGGGUCAGAUGGACGUUCACAUGGGGACCAAAGUGCGCAAGAUUGUCGGUCAUGACGAGUCCCAAGGCGAGUGGAUCUCACUUGAUCAGGAACGCCCGCGUAACAUUGAAGAUGACGAAGCCUAUGAGUAUGAUGAGAACUUUGCCGCUUCCAAUCAAAACGCUCUCGCUCGUCUGCGCCGCGAAGAUGGUUCUGCGGCGGAGCUUGGGACCCCCCAAAAGAAGGGCAAAUCAGUUGCUGUCAUCGGAUCUGCCGACACUCCGAGAAAGCAGGUCGCGUCAGCCAGUGACUCGGCCGCGCAGCCUCCACGCCGUUGGUGGCACACGUACAAGUACCGAGACAUCCUCGGUAUUGUUCCUCUCGGCGGACCCUCCAGCGACGCUGAAGAGGAAGACCAGAGCCCUGCCGAUCACUUGGAGGUGGCUGUCGUCGAGCGGCCCAUGUGGGACGUUGAGUUGCCUGGUCGUUACCUGAGGGACUACGAAUAG